UCUCUCAAUCACUGGAGGAAGCCUUUUUUUUGGAUGCUGUUGUUAAUAAUUCUCAAGUUGUAGAAGUGAUUCAGCCACCAUCAGGUUUACAAUGCUCGCAGUUAGUACUGGCUCCUAAAGGGUUGGGAACUGCACUUGUUACUGCUUCUGACAUUGGACUUUCACCUCCACUUGCUGCUACUUCUGUGGUUCAAGUUGCCGAGGUGGACUGGAUUAAGAUCACUUCACCGGAAGAGUUAAGCCUUAUGGAAGGAAGUUUGCAGUCUAUUGAUUUUUUGGCUGGAAUUGAUGAUGGAAGUACUUUUAGCUCUUCCCAGUACAUUUACAUGAGUAUUCGUGUCCAUAUUGAGGAUCAUGUAGUGGAGCUUGUAGACAGUGAUGAUUUCCCAAGUCUUAUUGAUGGAUAUGUGAAGGCACAAAAUUUCAUAAUUCGGGCUAGACAUAUUGGGGUUACCACUCUUUAUGUCAGUGCACGACAACAAUCUGGGCGAGAAAUAUUGAGUCAGCCCAUUAAGGUUGAAGUCUACGCACCACCUACACUGCAUCCUAGUGAUAUUUUUUUGGUACCAGGUGCUUCCUAUGUGCUUACUGUGAGAGGAGGCCUAACCAUUGGUGCCUAUGUGGAGUAUGCUAGUAUGGAAGAUGGGACUGCAACAAUUCACAGAUCUUCAGGACGACUGUCUGCAGUUUUGCCUGGAAAUACUACUGUAGUUGCGACAAUGUAUGGCAAUGGAGAUAUCAUGAUUUGUCACGCACAUGGCCAAGUCAGAGUUGGGAUCCCUUCUUCUGUGAAAUUGAAUGCACAGAGUGACCAGCUAGCCGUUGGUCGUGAGAUGCCAAUAUUUCCUUAUUUUUCCGAGGGAAAUUUGUUUUCCUUUUAUGAGCUCUGCAAGAAUUACCAGUGGACUGUAGAUGAUGAAAAGGUAUUGAUUUUCAAAGUUGCAGAGCACUUACAUGAUGACAAGUAUGGGAUCCCAACUGCUAGACUGAAGGAAAUUACAUCCACCAGCUAUUUGGAUGAGAAAGACCUUGGUUUUAUUGAAGUGUUAUAUGGAAGAUCUUCCGGCAGAACAGAAGUUGCAGUAUCAUUCGCUUGUGAUUUUAUUUCUUCUGGUUCAAUCUCACAGUCAAUGUCUUACACUGCAUCUACAUCUUUACGGGUGGUACCUGAUCUUCCUCUUGCACUUGGAGCACCAAUGACCUGGAUCCUUCCUCCUCAUUACACUUCAUCAAAUCUUUUGCCUUCAUCUUUGAGUUCAUACAGCCAAUACGAUGCUCAGAGUCACAAAGGAACAAUAUCUUAUUCUUUGUUGAGACAAUAUGGUGGAAAGAACGAAGAGGUGCAGAAAGAUGCUAUAUCAAUAGAUGGGGAUAGAAUAAGAACGAUGGAGGGUAAUAAUCUUGCAUGCAUUCAGGCAGAAGAUAGGUCAACUGGAAGACUUGAAGUUGCAUCUUGCAUUAGGGUUGCGGAGGUGUCUCAAAUAAGAAUAACCACCAAGGACGUUCACAGAAUUGAUCUUGCUGUUGGUGCUGAACUUGAUCUUCCAAUAAGCUAUUACGAUAUCCUAGGAAUCCCUUUCCAUGAGGCUCAUAAUGCUAUUCUCUUUAAUGCUGAGACUAACUAUCCUGAUAUUGUCUCCAUUAAUGUCACUAGUGAUGGCAAUGGGAAUAUCCAACUUAAGCUCUUGUGCAAGUAUCAUUCAACAGUAAUCUGCAGAAGUCGGACUACAUUAUGAUUUCAGUUGGUUCUCAUUU